UUGGCAGACGAAUUCGCCAAUUAAGAAGAAUAGUAAGAAUUUUUAGAUUCCUGAGUAUCCCUCUAUCCCCUAAUACCUCGUAGAAUCUGAUAAAAUCGCAAUUUUUUUUGUUGGCAAUUUCUCCAUUUCGUGCAAUAUGGCUUUUUUAAGCUCUAAAGUUGUUCAAUGCAGUAAACGAUUUUAUGCUUCGUCUGCAAAUCUGAAUGAUGUAGUCAUUCUUGGAGCAGCUCGAACUCCUAUGGGAGGCUUCAGAGGUGGUCUGAAGAGCAUACCAGCUCCCAGGUUAGGUUCAAUUGCCAUUCAGGCUGCUGUUGAAAGAGCUGGCAUUGCUAAAGAAGAAAUUCAAGAAGUUUACAUGGGAAAUGUUUGCCAAGGUGGUGUAGGCCAAGCUCCGUGCAGGCAGGCGACGCUUUUUGCUGGUUUGUCAAAAACUACACCAACAACAACAAUCAAUAAAGUGUGUGCUUCUGGGAUGAAAGCAAUUAUGCUAGCCACUCAAAAUCUCCAAACAGGACAGCAAAAUGUUAUGGUGGCUGGUGGAAUGGAAUCUCUUUCUAAUGUACCUUUUUUUCUCCCUAGAGGUGAAGUUCCUUAUGGAGGAGUUAAACUCAUAGAUGGCGUCUCAUUUGAUGGGCUGACAGAUGUUUAUAAUAAAAUCCAUAUGGGCAACUGUGCUGAAAAUACCGCACAAAAAAUGUCCAUUUCUCGCCAAGAUCAGGAUGCCUACGCCCUUCGGAGUUAUCGUCUGAGUGCCGAUGCAUACAAAAAUAAUAUAAUGCAGAGGGAAAUAGUCGAAGUUCGUAUUCCGCAAAAGAAAGGUAAACCGGAUUUGGUGGUGUCUGAGGAUGAGGAGUACAAGCGCGUCGAUUAUGAAAGAUUCUCUAAGCUACCCACUGCAUUUCUCAAAGAAAACGGCACUCUUACUGCUGGUAAUUCGUCGGUAUUGAGCGAUGGCGCAGCAGCAUGUGUACUCGCAAGCGCCAAAGCGGCAGACCGCCUGGGAUCCAAGCCACUCGCCAGAAUUGUUAGCUUUUCUGACGCUGCAACUGACCCUAUUGAUUUCCCUAUUGCCCCUGGUUUCGCAGUACCAAUAGCUCUGGAACGCGCUGGGCUCCGAAAAGAAGACAUAGCCCAAUGGGAGAUAAAUGAAGCUUUUAGCGUGGUGGUAUUGGCCAACAUAAAAAUGUUGGACAUCGACCCCGAAAGAGUUAACAUACACGGAGGAGCAGUGAGCUUGGGCCAUCCUAUUGGUAUGUCCGGAUGCCGGAUCGUGAACCACUUAGUGUACAGUUUGAAGGCUGGGGAAUAUGGUGUUGCAAGCAUAUGCAAUGGAGGUGGCGGUGCAUCUACAAUAGUGAUCCAGAAAUUGGCGGCAUCUGCGCCUGGACGACUACCGGUGCUUACACUAUUCACGAAAGAUGAGUGCUCGCUCUGUGAUGAUGCUAAAAUGGUUCUUAUGAAAUCAAGUUUGUGGAAUCGAUUCCUUUUUCAAGAAGUGGAUAUCCGACGUCCAGAAAACCGGAAAUGGUUUGGAAUGUACCGCUAUGAAAUUCCCGUUUUUCACUUAAAUGGGCAAUUUUUGAUGAAGCAUCGUGUUGAUUUAAAAGUUUUAGAAGAAAAACUUAAUGCCACAGAAUUGUAAAUUGCAAUCUGGCUUAAGCAAAAU